CUGGGUCACUGGGGAGAUGAGUAUUUAUUUACAGGAACAUUUGCAGGCCACAGUCAUAAGCCAGACUCCUCCUGCGUUAGAUGCUGUUCAAAAAGAGUAAUAGGAAAUAAUUCUCUGUCCUGCUGCCCUUGGCGUGUCUUCUGUUUUUUCACUUUUUUGGCUCUGAGCGAAGCAGGCAGACUGCUUACCUUGACAUUGUUCCGAAUAGACCACAUUGGACUAACACCAGUCUUUCUCCAGCUCUCUAGACAGCACAAUGACUUCCAUGCUGAGCCACGCCAUCAGAAACCUCCCUGCUUCCUCAGCAUGGGCUCCCAGGCUCCUUGCUCGCUCGCUCAGCUGCUCUUCGCAGUUACAAGCCGCAGCAGUCCAGCCUAAGACUAAGAAGACCUUGGCCAAAAGUGGUGUGAAGAAUAUCGUUGUGGUAGAGGGUGUCCGUAUUCCGUUCUUGCAGUCCGGCACCUCGUACGCGGAUCUUAUGCCACAUGACUUAGCGAGGGCAGCACUGCAGGGGUUGCUGAACCGGACCAGUGUCCCAAGGGAUGUUGUGGAUUACAUCGUCUAUGGCACAGUUAUCCAGGAGGUGAAAACCAGCAAUGUUGCCAGAGAGGCUGCCUUGGGAGCGGGUUUCUCUGACAAAACUCCAGCCCAUACAGUCACCAUGGCUUGCAUUUCCUCAAACCAGGCCAUGACCACAGGCGUGGGCAUGAUCGCGGCCGGGCAGUGCGACGUGGUGGUGGCGGGGGGGGUGGAGCUGAUGUCGGACGUCCCCAUUCGGCACAGCAGGAAGAUGAGGAAGACCAUGCUCACCCUUAACCGAGCCAAGACCUUGGGCCAAAAGCUCUCCCUGAUUUCCAAAAUCCGCCCUGACUACUUUGCUCCAGAGCUCCCAGCUGUGGCAGAGUUCUCCACCAGUGAGACCAUGGGGCACUCGGCCGAUCGUUUGGCCGCCGCCUUCGCCGUGUCCCGUUUGGAGCAGGAUGAGUACGCGCUGCGCUCGCACACGCUCGCCAAGAAAGCCCAGGAUGGCGGCUUGCUGCUCGACGUGGUGCCCUUCAAAGUGCCAGGCAAAGAGACUGUCACCAAAGAUAACGGGAUCCGUCCCUCCUCGAUAGAGCAGAUGGGGAAGCUGAAGCCAGCUUUUGUCAAGCCCUUUGGGACCGUCACAGCUGCCAACUCCUCCUUCCUGACAGAUGGUGCUUCAGCAAUUCUGCUCAUGUCCGAGGAGAAGGCGCUGGCCAUGGGGUACAAACCAAAGGCCUACCUAAGGGACUUUGUGUACGUGUCCCAGGAUCCAAAGGACCAGCUGCUGCUGGGUCCAACGUACGCGACUCCCAAAGUGCUGGAGAAGGCUGGGCUCACCAUGGCCGACAUCGACGUGUUUGAGUUUCACGAAGCCUUUGCUGGGCAGAUCCUGGCUAACCUGAAAGCCAUGGAUUCGGACUGGUUUGCACAAAACUACAUGGGCAGGAAGUCGAAGGUGGGAGCCCCUCCUCUGGAGAAGUUCAACACUUGGGGUGGCUCCCUCUCGCUGGGACACCCCUUUGGGGCCACUGGUUGCCGGCUGGUGAUCACGGCUGCCCACAGGCUGAAGAAGGAGGGAGGACAAUACGGGCUGGUGGCUGCCUGCGCUGCGGGAGGGCAGGGGCACGCGAUGAUAGUGGAGCUUUACCCUCAGUAAGGGGCCAAGGGACUGCUGAGAGCAUAUUCCUCCAUCCUGUGCCUGGCGAUGCCAUUUCAAUGCACUAAUAAAAACAAACGUAAUCCUUCUCGGGAAGGAUUUCUGGUGGCCUUUGUAAAUACCUUUUAGCUGGUAAUUUUCAACUAAUGAGCGCGCUCAGAGAAAUAUCCCACUGCCAGGAGAGUAGAAGUUAACGUGGCUCGUGGUCUCUCCAGGGUCCUUGUAACCUCACUGAUUUCUACUCUAAUUCCUCAAUAAUUACGGUUCCUCCCCUCUCCCCCCCCGGGGGAGAAGGAUGGUUCUGAAGCUGUGUGUGGAGAAUGAAGUCUGGAGAUGAGGAGAAGGUGAAGAAGGUCGUGGGGCUGGGAUGGAGUGAGCGUGUCCUCGGGGGGAGACAGAACCGCUUCCAGAGGCGGGUUCAGACCCGCUUCACCUGGUUCCUGAGGAGGGAGGUUGCUGCUCCGUGUCUGAGCUGCAUCGCAAUCAGCAAAUUGCUUCUGGCCAAUGAGUGUCGCUGCCGGUACCACAAUAAAUCAGGAAAUGAAACGAC